AGUGACUCGACCGGUUAGAUCCCGGAAGAAACAGAGACCUUCACCUUUCUACGAGAAGCGAACGGUCAUUGUUCAUAUCCACACGAUAUUUGGGAGAAAGAGGGAGAUUCUGCUUCAUCCCAAAAGAGGUCAAAAGAGAGAGACGGAAGUGUUUUGAAAGGAAGCAGUUCAUUUCUGAAGGAAAUUGGAAACAGAUUUCAUAUUAAAGAUGACGUUUGUCUUAAAAUCUUUAAUUUCUGUUUGUGUUGUGUCUCAAGUGUUUCCGACAUUAAGUGCAGCCGUUCAGACUGCCCUUUUGGGCAAAACAACUAUAAAAGCACCAGUAUUAAAACGCCCUGUAUUCACUCUUGUUCGCUUCUUAAACAUACCCUGCUCCUCUCCUAAUGGUCAGCUGACAGGUGUUUGCUACUCCCUUAGUGAUUGUCUGCGGAUGCAAGGCACGCAGAUAGGAACUUGUGCAUCAGGAUUUGGAGUUUGCUGCAUUUUUCAAAGAACAUGUGGAGCAACAACUAAUCAAAAUGUAACUCAUUUCACUAAUCCUGGAUACCCUAAUCCAAUAUCAGAAUCAUCGGAAGUUUCAUGCACUUUGACACUAUUGCGACCGAAUAAAGUUUCAAUUUGCCAAGUGAGGCUGGAUUUUCUGGAUUUUACAAUAGCCAAUCCGACAGACGGUGACUGCUUAGAUGACCGAUUCAGCGUUCAAGGAGUCAACAUAAAUGCUCCAGUUCCAACGAUAUGUGGGCACAACGCAGGACAACACAUGUAUUUAGAUGUAGACAACACCAUUUCCCCUAUUCUUCUCAAAGUAUCUACAAAAGGCUUAGGGCGAAGAACGUGGAACAUUCGAACUUCUUACAUUGAAUGUGGAAACCCAUCUAGAGCCCCACCGAACUGCCUUCAGUAUUACACUGGAAUCCAAGGUCGUUUCUCUAGUUUUAACUUUGUCCAAGACGAAGCAUCUGCUCCCAAUGGCGGAUACUUGAACAAUCUCAAUUAUGCUAUCUGCUUUCGCAAGGAAAUAGGUCGUUGCAGCCAGACUUACGUAGCUGAUAGCAUCGACAGUUUCGUUCUGCUGAAUUUGAACCCAAAUAACUCCCCAACAGUGGGGAGUGGCGAAGCCGGUCUAGGAAUUGCUGAAUGCCCUCACGACUAUCUGCGUCUGGAAGGAGAUCGAUAUUGCGGCGCCAGACUCAACCCAUCAACUGGCAGAAAUCCCACAAAUAAUGCUCCUGUGACAGAUACUUCAGUAGGUCCUUUUAUUGCAAGAUUCCGGACUAACUCGGAAAAUAAUGCAGCUGGAUUUAAUUUGCAGUAUACCCAGAACCCCUGCAAUUAAUGAAAGGAGUUUGGAAAUAAAAAUCCGUGUGUUCAGAUUUUCACCAGGUGCAGUCUGAAUUCAGCUUUUGGAAAUGCUCAUUUUUCUGUAAAGUGUGGUUUUUUGGUUUCAAUCAUGUUUGGGACUAGUAUUCCAUUAGCACUAUUCCAUUAGAAUUUCAACCAAAGAAUAAAUUGUAUCUUGUCACUGAC